UUCAGUGCUGUAUCCAGUCGUGUAGAUAGAGGCGUCGCAGUGCAUGCUGGGUCUGUCUGUGAGUUCUGCACUGAUCACUUAAAGAGUGAAUGGACCUGGCGGUGGCAAUCUGAACGGGGCAAGCAGAUCACACCGCGCUUCCCACAGCAACAUCUCGGGCAACCCUUCGAUUACUUCAGUUCUGUUUUCUUUUGGGGUUUCCUUGUAGCCGGACCAGCCGAAUCAGGGCGAUGCUAGCGCUUCCCGAAGAUAGAUCUUGUGAGAUUUACAGCAUAUCAAGUUAUCUGCACUGUGGCACUGCUAGCAGCGUACCUGAACAGACCUAUCAUAUUGCAGGACUUCAUAAAGAAGGCUCGAGGGCCGCUCGCCCGCGGUCCCCCCCCUCCGUCGCUCAGUCAGCGCACGGAGGCUGCCAGUGCCCACCGGAGUGCUGCUUCCUCAGACUGGCCGGGAAAAAACUGCCCUGGAAAAGAUGGCUUCCUGGAACCCUGCCUGUAGUCCCUGUGACUGCUGCUGUAAUCAUCCUAGCCCUGUGUUACUGUUUGUCUCCGGCCACCUCUGUUUUCUACCUGGGUGGAAGUGUGGAGAUCGCUAACAUGUCCUUCAGCAGUGAGCUGGCAGAGCCCACAUCCACGCAGUUCCUCCUUCAAGCCACAGCAGUUGAAAACGAUUUCUCAAAGCUAUAUGAGUCCUCUGCCUGGGGAGCAUAUCACUUGAAAUCUGUGGUGACUGCGUUUAGCGAAGGAGAAGAAGGAGGAGUGAGAGCCUUUUACUGGAGUAAGUUCUCUGCUCCGGCUGGCAUUGCACAGCAGAUCAAAAAGGACAGACCCUCCAACCUGCGACGAGUCAGUGGCACAAAACCUUACAUGAAUUUCAGUCCCCGCGAGGAGGUGUACUCCUUAGAUGAGGACCUCGACACAGUUGAAUUGUUUGCUUCAGACUCUGAGGAGUAUGAUCUCGGAGUGAAAUCAGGUAAAAUAAAUCACCCAAACAAAGAGCAAAAUAUAAAAUGGCAAUUGGGUUUCCAAGCAAUAUCAUUUGACCUUUACGCUAAAUAUGGUAAUAACCGGACCCUGACGCUGACCAGUCCCAAGAAGCCCUAUUACCAGUGGAGGCUGCGGGUCCCUUCGGGGCACGUGGUGCGACUGGUUAUCCUGACCCUACACGGGGCAUCUCCUGGAAACUGUGGAGCCCACAAACUCUCUGCCUACGACUUCUUAUUACCUCUGCAGAACAAGAUCAUUGCAAGGUGGUGUGGGCUUCCGGUGACAUGGACCCCUCCCGUGAUUAAACUAACUUCCUCUGGUAAUGUGAUGCUCGUCACCUUCUCUUUCAACAGACAGAGGGAAAGUGCUCUGUUCAAGGCAUAUUUCCAAGCUGUCCCCAAAAUAGGCUGCGGAGGGAGCUCCACCUCCUGGAAUGGGACCCUGGCUUCUCCAUACUACCCCAGCCACUACCCUCCCAAUGUGGACUGCAGCUGGACUUUAAAGGCUCCUCUGCCGGGUUACCUGCUCUCCCUCACAGUGGUGGCGCUGGAUAUUCAGGAAUCUCCCGUCUCAAACACCUGUGACAAAGACUGGCUGGAGAUUAAUGGCAUCAGACUGUGCAGUCCUAUCGCUGAAAGCAGCAGGAAACGAGUGUAUUCGUCCCCUGUUACACUGCACUUCCAUUCCGAUGAGUCUGUCACACGCAAAGGGUUCUACAUACUGUACCGAGCCUUCAGCUAUGAAGACCCUUGUCCCAAACAGUUCCAGUGCAAAGACAGCACCUGCAUCCCUGUGAAGAACCGCUGUGACGGGUGGAAAGACUGUGCCGACGGCAGUGAUGAGGCAAAAUGCGAUAUAUGCAGCCCAGGUGAAUUUAACUGUGGAAACGGCCAAUGCAGACCCCAUGCAGGGCUUUGCAAUGCACAGAGUGACUGUGGAGACAGCAGUGAAGAGGCAGACUGCGCCGCAGCGGAAGAAUGUUUCUUCCACUGUCCUCAUGGGAUCUGUAUCCCCCAGUCUGCUGUCUGUGACGGGGUAACUGACUGCAAAGACCGCAGCGAUGAGAUCAACUGCACCAGAGCAAUUCAAAAAAAAUGUUCUCCAUCUUCCUACAAGUGUCGUGAUGGGAAGUGCGUCAGCAAACUGAACCCGGAGUGCGACGGGAGGAAAGACUGCUCCGACGGGUCCGACGAAGUUGGCUGCGGAUGUGGAACGAGGCCGACAAAGAAAAGCAAGAUAGUGGGUGGUGAGGAUGCACGAAGCGGGGAGUGGCCCUGGCAAGUGAGUCUUCAGAUGGGGAGAUACGGGCACAUCUGUGGGGCCUCCGUCAUUGCCAGCCGCUGGCUCCUCUCCGCUGCACACUGCUUUCAGGACUCCGACUCUAUCAGGUAUUCGGACAGCUCGUCUUGGAAGGCCUACAUAGGAAUGAGGAUAAUAAACAUCAUAAGCAGUUCUGUCGUGACGAGGCAGGUGAAACGCAUUGUGGUCCACCCCCAGUAUGACCAGUAUACCUCGGACUAUGACAUCGCCCUUCUGGAGCUGAGCGCCUCUGUGCUCUUCAACGAGUUCAUCCAGCCUGCGUGUGUACCGGCCCGCUCGCACUUCUUCAGUACUGAGACCUCCUGCUUCGUCACCGGCUGGGGGGUCCUUGUGGAAGACGGUGAGAUAUCUUCAGUUCUACAGGAAGCCACUGUGAAAAUAAUCAGCCACAACACCUGCAACAAGUUCUAUGACGAUGCUGUUACCUCCAGGAUGCUGUGUGCUGGGAAUCUGCACGGAGGGGUGGAUGCAUGUCAGGGAGACUCGGGGGGGCCCCUGGUGUGUCUAGAGAAGGGGAGGAGGUGGUUCCUGGCUGGCAUUGUCAGCUGGGGAGAAGGAUGUGCCCGGAGAAACCGCCCGGGUGUCUACACACAAGUAGUGCAUUUCUCAGACUGGAUCCGACAACACAUCAACGAUCCCAGCAGAAGCCCUUUGCUGACAGCACAAGGAGAGAAGCUCAAGGAUGGGAGUUUGUGUGCUGAAGAAAUGAAUACAUUAAGUGCCGAAGACGCUUAUACACACGACCACAACCGCGCGCUCCAGUCUGACCGGCAGCCGGAGUUCACAACACAUAUUUCCGCAGUCACGGGAACGGGAGCUCUAGCCUGGGCUCCGGGUCAUCUCGUCCAUGCAUGGUACCCGACCGCGUGCCAGCCUGCCUUGAGCCGCGGGAUGAGUACGCAGCACGGUCUCCCAGCAGGGCACCAGAACGCUGCCCGGGCAGAGAGGCCUGGCAAGCACUGCCAAGCAGCGUGCAUCGCUGUGUCACUGUGCCUAGCCGUGCUGGUGCUUGGGGGCGCCGCCACAGUUACCUGGUACUUACUGACCUCCUGUUCAGCUGAGAGAAUGUAUUUCGGAGGAUCCUUACGCCUCACGAAUGCCUCAUACAGUCCAGCUUUGACACACAGAAACACUCCAGAUUUCAAGAUCCUCGCCAGCACACUUCAGCAGCUGUUAAGCAAAGCCUUCCUAAAUUCUAAACUGGUUUGGCAUUUUCUAAGCGCCAAUGUAACAUCAUUCAGCGAGGGCAGUGUGGUCUCUCACUUUUCUCUCGUGUUUCUUGUGGAGGAUGAGGGCCGGCCGGAGCACAGUGCUGCCCCUGCAGCAGACGCUGUGAGUGUGUUGACCAGUCACCUCAGGGAGAUGACCUCCUCCCACGGGAACAGCAGCGCUCUCCUUGGACACUACGAAGUGGAUGCUGCUUCGCUUGUCCUUUAUGAAUCAAGUCUUGAGGAAUAUUUACUGUCUUCACAGGAGGCUUGUGCGGUUGUGGAUAACAGGAUCAAGUGGCGCGGUCCAGCUGCGUGUCACUGGGAGCUGAGGGCGCCCGCUGGCCAGCUCGUUCAAAUCACCAUUCAAAACUUUAUCAUGGACGGGGACUGCCACACAAACUCUAUUGCAGUGUAUGACUCACUGGUAGCAGGACAAGGACGGCUCAUCACAAAGGUCUGCUCCUCCAGCCGGCUCGCAUCCCUCCAGCCGCUCAGUGUGGUUUCAUCAGGAAACGUCAUGUUAAUCGCUUUCCAAUCACAAGAGAAACGCUUCAAUGAAUUGGAGGCAACAGUGCGAUUCAUAGAUGAUGUCAGUUGUGGAGGCAGGAUCACGUCCUUUAAUGGAUCUCUCUCAUCUCCGUUCUACCCCACUUACUAUCCACCCAAUCGAGACUGUCUGUGGACAAUAACUGUCCCUGCUUCUUAUCUGCGGAUUAGGAUUGGAUUUGUGACUCUGAACCUUGACGGAGUGCAGUCAGACUGUGAUAAAGAUUGGGUCUCUGUUAACAGUAAGAGGUACUGCGGUGCGAGUGCAGUGCCCCUGGUGGUGGUGAGCAGCUCCAACAUCCUCACUGUUCAAUUCCACACAGACUCUGCAGGGACCAGCAGGGGGUUCUUAGCAGAAUAUUCAAGCUUUGACCCCAAAGACACUUGCCCAGAGAUGCACGCCUGCGGGGACGGCUCCUGUGAGCCCCUCAGCUAUAGAUGUGACGGCUGGAAUGAUUGCAGCGACAGGAGUGAUGAGCAGAACUGCACGUGUCCUGGAGGGCUGUUCAAGUGUACGAGUGGCGAGUGUGUGCCUAGCACGCUGUUCUGUGAUGGGACACCAGACUGCAAGGAUGAGAGUGACGAGAACAGCUGUAUCGGAAAGGGCUGCGGCCGUCGCCCUGUCCUGCACAGUCGCAUCGUCGGGGGCACCAGCGCGGGGCCGGGGGAGUGGCCUUGGCAGGUGAGCCUUCACUUCCGUCAGCGGGGGCAUAUCUGCGGGGCCUCGCUCAUCAGCCAGCGCUGGAUCAUAUCAGCUUCCCACUGCUUCCAGGACUCCGGCGCGAGCAGGUACUCCAGUCCCUCUCUGUGGUCCGCGGUGAUUGGCACACACUCACAGAAUCUAACGGCCCCCAAGCCAGUCACACAGGCGAUCAAGCGCAUCAUCACCCAUGGGCGCUAUGAUGACGUGUCGCUGGACUAUGAUGUCGCUUUGCUGGAACUGGCAGCCCCCGUGGUGUACGAUGAUAAUAUUCAGGCUAUAUGUCUACCGGCAGCCACACACGUGUUCCCCGUUGGCCAACGCUGCUUCAUAACAGGCUGGGGACUGCUCAAUGAAGAGGGUGCACCUCCGGUGGUACUGCAGCAAGCCCCAGUGAUGAUCAUCAACCAGACUGUGUGUAACCGAUACCUGGGAAACGCCCUGAGCCCCAGAAUGCUGUGUGCGGGGUACCUGAGCGGGGGGGUCGAUGCCUGCCAGGGGGACUCUGGAGGGCCCCUUGCCUGUGAGGCUCCUUCGGGGAGCUGGUUCCUGGCUGGGAUCGUGAGCUGGGGAGAGGGCUGUGCUCGGUGGCACCGCCCGGGGGUGUACACGAGGUUAACGAAGUUUCAGGAGUGGAUACAGGAGCAGACUGAGAGCUGACACCUCUGCUGUGUUAAACCAGACCCCCUUUAGGAACUGCUGCAAAAAAGCAACGAGAGCUGUUUACAGUCGAAGGAACAACUGAGCCAAAUCAGUGCAGGCUGUCGUCCAGAGCUGUCAAUAGCUGCAAUCGUUGGGUUGAGCAGUGAUGUCUCUUCAUUUCUCUUAAAGGAGCAGUGAUGUCUCUUCAUUUCUCUUAAAGGAGCAGUGAUGUCUCUUCAUUUCUCUUAAAGGAGCAGUGAUGUCUCUUCAUUUCUCUUAAAGGAGCAGUGAUGUCUCUUCA